AUGCCCCCUAAGAAGGUGGCAGGCGCGUGCUGCGGCGUCGAGGACGUGGGGCGCGUAUUUCAACAGAUUCACAAGAGCGCCGCACACUUUCAUAAAUGCAGGACGAACCUGCUCAAUUACGCCGAGGAGAAUCGUACGGGCGUCAUCGACGCCGUGUGCCGCGUAGUGCUACUUGUGUUGAAGGAGUCACCGCGGCUCGCGCCAGACUCCCUCAGGCGCCACCACAGCUUCCUUACAGAGGUCUGCAAAGGAUUCCGCGAGCGGUUUCACUCGGACGAGAUUGCUAUUGCCCUGCUGAAGGCAGUGGAGCCGUUUCACAACGCCAACGACAAGACCGUGCGGCUUGGGGUUGUUUCCGUGUUUGAUGCCCUCCUGAAGACCGUGGACCAAAGCGAUACCUCGGAGGAGCGGCAGAACUUUUACCAGAAUGUGGCGGAGAUGCUGAAGCUACGGGCGCAUGACAAAUUUCCGGCGGUGCGUGAGCGGGCCGUUUCUGCCGUCUCGUGCUUUCAGUCAGGCAAAAAAGAUUGCGACGUCACGCAGCAACUCAUGGCACUGUUGUGCACAGACAAUUCUGCCGAUGUGCGGCGACAGAUACUCCGGUGCAUAUGCGCAAGAAAAGAGUUCCUUGAGGGUUACUUUCAUGGAAUGAUUCGUUCCGUGCGUGACGUCGUGUCACGUGUACGGGCCGAGGCGUGGGAUGCGCUUAGCCGAUUUCAUUGGAAAUACCUAGUCGCCUACGCCACGGCGAAGAACAUACCCUUACCAGACUUGAUUCAUCAAGGCCUCUCAGAUGCAAGUAGUUCGGUAGCCAUAGCAUGCAGGGCAGCAUUGACGAACUGCUGGUUGCACCGCGACUACAGGGACGACGGCGAGGCCAUGCUGGAGCUCGUUCUCGCCGGUGGAGGCGGACUUGAGCCGUACGAGGCAAUCUCCACCGAGGUACUCCUCUACUGCCGCAAGCACAGGAAUGCAAGGACGUCGGUGGUGAAUUUUGAGUCGGUGUCCGCCGCCUCGCUUCUACUGUGGAAGGCGAACGCGAAGCUGGCGGCGGACACGGAGGGCGAUGACGAGACGGCUGUCCUGCUGCCGCUGUCACAGUUUAGCACGCUGCUGCAGGAAACCGUGUACGCCUACGCCCGACCCGACGUGGACCCCAAGGCGGUGAAGUUCAAGAACGUGGACGAGGCGGAUAUUAUUUUGCGCAUCCUCCUCUCCGCCUUUGACGUCUACGAGGAAAACGGCUACUUGGCACACGCCGACAACACAACCCGCGGCAGCCUGCUACGCAUCAUUGGGUUUCUCCUCAAAGUGGUCCCGGAUGACGACCCCGCACUGUUUAUCGACGUGGCUGUUCGUUCCCUAAAGUCCUUGACGGGACGCACCCCGGAGGAGGCGACAAAGACAAUUACCGCGUCGCUGGAUUCACUCUUUCGUAGCCUGAAGUUGCCACAGAUGUACGCGCUCGGCUACGACGAUGUGGAGGCGUUUGGAAGGAAAAGUCGUGAGCGGCAACGAGAGCUGUUCCGCCUUCGUAUGAAGCUACGCGGCGGGGAGACAUCCCAGGAGGCGUACGACCAGCUAAAGGAGGAGAUGGACAGAGACGAAAAGUUUUUGCUGCGCAUGCAGUUCAUUGUGCUGGCGUUUCUCUCCCACUCGCAGCGGGGGGACACCAUUCCCACCUUCUGCUCCCACAUUAUUCAGCUAGGACGACAACAGGACAACGAGGCUGUGAAGGUCGCCUCCACCACCUCGCUUGGGCUGCAGUGCCUUGUCAACCCCGACACCGUCCACACAUUUAUGCCACUCAUUUUGAGUGAUGCAAAUGAGAUUGUGGGGAGCUCAGAUCGGUGUGUCGCGCUUGCGGCGCUGGGAGUAGUCUUUGAUCUCGUGAUGGAAUACGGCCUGCGCUUUUUUGACUGCCCUGCACGUGACGCUGGUCACGGUGGCCACUAUACACACGCUGGCGCGGCGGAACUGGGUACGGGUACGACCACCACCAAGACAGCAGGAACGAAUGCGGCUGUGACUUCCUCGUCUACGGGUGCGGCGGGCCCCAUCGCAGCUGACGCGGAGGCACGCUUGCAUCACGAACGUGCUCUGGCUCAGGAGGAUGAGCACAGGGUGGGUGGCAACAACCUGCUAAACACGUUGCGUUCCUUUUUGCGCUCGCACUGUGCUGAGCGGAACCCGAUGGUUGUGGUAGGAUUCUGCAAGUUGCUUAGCUGCAAUCGUGUUCCCCACGCCCAGGUGCCGGAGAUCAUUGCCGAGAUUUUGAUGCAUUACAUGGCAUACCGCCAGGAGGAGAAGGGGAAUGCCAGUGCCGCGUACAUGGUGGAUUUCCUGAACAAAUUUCUCUACAGCUUCGCGUCCAGUCACCCAAACCGGCAAAUGGCCUUUGCUCAGGGCGGCGUGGUUGCGUUUACAGCGCUCUUACGGUACAACCCCACCGUCGCACUGCGUCUCAUGGAGUUGGCUACGCGACUCUCUGACGCGUACGUCCUUGUGCAGAUUCGUGAGAUUGAUCCAGCGACGGCGAGGCAAGUUGCACGGCUGGCCGAAGGAGAGAAUACAUCGAUGGAGGAUUCCACACUAAAUAAAAAUGCUUCGGCUCGCUCCACGGCAACGCGUACUUCUACACGAUGUAGUCGUCUGAUGCGAGAGCUAAGCCGGUUUUCCCUGCAUGAGUACAUUGCCAGUGAACUCCUUAUUGAAAUUUCACAAACCGAUUCUGGAGAGGUGUCUGACGCAUGCCUUGAUACAUUAGAGAAGCGCAUGUACUUCUACGCAAAGGAGGCACCCAGUUGGCUCCUUUUCUGUGCUAACCGCGCCCUUACGGCUGCGAACAGUAAUCUACAGAGUCGCCUGCAGAAGUGGAUUGAUGACGUUUGUGCCCGUUUCCCGCCGUGCGCAGAGAGUGAUGUGGCUGCCAGUGAGGCCAACGUGACGAAGUGGCAAGAGACGCUGGAGGCUCGAGAGCGUGCCGUCGAGAAACUACUUGACAGUGACAUCGCCAACGUUCUUUGCCAGACCAUUCGCUGCGUGCCGCCAGGGGAGGGCCCUGAGGUGGCGUUGUCAGCCGUCAAGAUGGAAAGGAAGCGCGAAAGAGAGACGGAUACGACAUUUGGCAUCAAUUCCAUGCUGACCCGUCAGCGAAGGACGCGGCGCUAG